GUUCAAGUAUCAUGCAGUUGUGUACAGGUCUAUCGUACUACGCGUCUUUCGAUGACCGAGCGACGACUGACUUGAAAGUUACUGCGUGGUUUCAAGUGCGUCAAGUGAAGCGCUCAAAAUGUGUGUGGGUGGCAGGACACGACACAGCGCGGUGCUGCGCGCACAUGUCACUGUUGGAAAUGGGAUUCUUUGACGUGUGAAAAUCGUCUGUAGGACGUGUGUUCACCUUCAAUCAUGGUGUACAGCAAAGGAUUGCGCUCGUUUGACGCAGCGCUCGAAGACAGGUGGAUUGUUACUCGUGGACAUCUGCCUGUGGAGACUGCUCAGUUGGAUCAUGCCUCUAAUGACUGAGUGACCGAACGAAGAAAAUGUUCCAUCACCUCGUCUGCCUGGUUUCCUUCAUCCUGGCUGUCCGGGAGUUACGGGCUCUUCCGCCCUGUCCAGCGAAGGGGGGGGCCACGGAAGACGUGCUGCUUCAAAACGGAUCCUCAUUCACGAUGUCUUGUAACUUGACGGAUGCUGAAGAAGGGCUCACCAUUGGAAUACGCAAGGAGGAGACUUGGCUGUCGUCAGUUAACUCCUCUCGAGUUGUGGUCUGGAAGAAGGAUUACGUGCAGGGGGAUGACAGAGCCAUUUAUUACUGCGUCGUCCGAGGGGACCACUGUGGUCCUACUCCGUUCAGUGCCACGUCCCUCGCCGUCGCAUAUGCCCCACUGAAGCCAACGAAGCACUGGUGCAUUGGACACAACCUGGAGACAUUCACGUGCUACUGGAGUAUUCCGAAGAUCUGGACCAACACCACAUACCGUGUGCUACUUCGUGUUGGAACGGAAGAGGUCCACAGCGUCAUCAUCUGCGAAGACACGCUGGUCUGGGACGCAGCAAACGUGACGUGCCGGCUCGUGACCGCAGGUGGAGCCAUCUACCGCAUUGAAGAGAAAACGUUCCAUUUUACAGUGCAGGCCAACAACACCUUUGGCGGCCAGCAGUGGGAAUACGAGGUGGACCAUUUUCGGAACGUUCACUUAAGCGCACCGACCGGUGUCAUGUGCCAACCAUCGAAGGACAGCAUCUACGUCACGUGGGACGGUCUCCCGGAGGUGUCUUCCUUCCCUCCUGUUCACUACCGGGUGGAGGUCGCCGAUCAUCCUCAACUCACACGCAAUGUGACUGGCGAAAAUUACUCAACCAUCACGGACGGCCCCGUACCGUACAUCCGCUAUGACGUAACUGUCCGGGCGAAAUUCGACCAAAGUGACACGUGGAGCCCCGGAAGUGGAACGAUUACUUGCACGACGUCGAAAGACAGACCAACAGCCGUGCCCAAGGUGACAGCCAAUGGAUUCUCGAUAGAAAACUACAAGGAGGCACGCAAUGUUCGAGUUUACUUUCAGGGUGUCCCAAAGGAGCUGUGGCACGGUGAAGAAAUGCGUUACGUGAUCGUCUUGCUGGAUGGAAAGGGCGGCCACACAAUUGUUGCAACGAACCGGAGCGACUACGAGCUCCGUGAGCUGAGCCAUAACAAAGGUUACACAGCGCGCAUCUACUCAGAAAACGAAGUGGGUCGUUCAGCUGGUUAUGCUACUCUCACCAUCCCGGCCACCAAUAGAUUGCUACCACCUGUGGAAGGGGCCUACAUCGAUGCUAGUCAGGUAUGGUCCGUGCGGCUGCAUGUGCGAGAGGGGGAGGAUAUGAAUGCAACGUACACGUUGUUCUGGCGCUGUGGGCGGGAGGAGAAAGUUGCUUUGGAAAGCCUGUCCUGGAAAGAACUGUCAAAGCGAGACAAGAAAGUCGAUGUUGCAUCUGAUCCAUCGUCGUGCGUCUACGCCAUUGCUAGCCAGAAAGGCGGCCAAGUGUCUCCCAUGACUUGGAUAGACUGUGUGACACCAAAAAGCAGAGAAUAUGAGGAGCUGCUAUCGGGCACAGACCGAGUGUUCGCUGCCGAAGUCACCGACAGCAGCAUUCGUUUAGCCUUUCUCUCCAAGUGCAACCCACUGGUUGCUACGCGACAGAUCCACUAUCACGCCGCCACCGAUGAGUCCUACAAGCUCAUAACUCUCGAGGACGAGAAAGAGGUCACCAUCCCCGAACUCAGCUCAAAAACCAAUUAUGUGGUGAGCAUCAGCAGCUUCUUAGAAGAUGGAAGAGUGGUUUUUCACGAGCAACUACGCUUGAAGACAAGGUCAAGGGCCCUGCUGAUGGUUGCCAUCGGACUGUGCGUCGGCUUCUUGCUAUUCGUAAUCGUCGGAUGUAUCCUUGUUGCAUGGUGCCGGAGGUUCUCCGCGCAGUUUGUAAAGUACAAGACUGCCACCGUCGAGGUGCUUGUUCCUGCAGACUUUUCUCAGAAACCCUUGCAACGUUCAGACAGCAUUCGAUCCAACUAUUUUCCAGAACAUGCCGUUCAUCAGAUUACCAGUGAUUCAUCUUCUGACAGCCAAUCAUCCCAAGCACCCCUCCUGGCCAGCGAACAAUCACAGCACACCACACCCUACCUGGACAAUCCGAACGAACAGGAAGGGACAAUAACCUGCGACGCUGUGUCGAGCCAAAGCGCCUACAGCCACGUGACAGGCCUUGGACGCCGCAGCAACUACGUCAAAGUAUCUGAUAUGAUACUUCCUCUCGAAGACGAAGCACAUUCUAAUGAAGUCACGUUCGGGGACACAGACAGAAGGACAGACAUACAUUCCUCCACGGCACUUCAACCCUAUUACAAGCUAUGUGCCCCAACGACCAGUCAACAGCAGAAUUCUUCCAGUCAGGAACCCACAGUUGGGUUCAUAACGGGGUAUUCAUCUUGCUUCACCCCGCCGCGUUAUUUCCAACUAUCCGUCGAGCAAGUCAAUGAGCCUGAGGAUACCUCUAUGCAACGACCAAUACCUAAUGUCACGGGGGGCUAUGUACCCUGUUCGUCGCGACCUUAUUCAAAGAUAUCUGCCACAAUCGUGAGUGAGCAACGAGACCACAUACAGACAACAGCCGACGCGGCAGAGAGGUGUUUCUCGAGCAGUUCUUCACAGAAGGAAGCCUCGAAGUCCCCGAUUUACUUCGAGCUACCUGACACGUCGGCGAGUCAACCAGAGGAACCCAGGUCUCGAGAGCCAGUUGCUGACGGACAUGGCCGUGUUCCACCGUACCUCAAGCUAUCGGCCAUGCUAGCUAGUGAGGCUCAGAACCCCACGCCUCCACAGCCGGUGGUCGGUGAUGACGGGUGCUGCCCUUCCGAGGCCGGAACCAGCUAUCCUCCUCCAUAUUUUAGGCUAUCCGCUAUGAUUGCAAAUCAACCGCAGCAUGAAGUACCCGUUCAAGAGUUCAGAAACUGGACAACGACAACAUGCAGUGAAACUCCUCUCCAACAGAAUCUGGCGGGCUGUACGGAAGCGCUCCCUAAUUGUGCUUCGGAGCCGUCGACUGAACAGGCAUGUGAGGACUAUGAACUGAGAGACGUCGGAUACAGACGUCGGCUAUGGCCUCUGGCAGAGACGGAGAGCGAUCCAGAACUGCCAGGAACAGUGUGCCAUACGAGGAACUUGUACGUGGAAGACAACCGUGCGUGUCUUCUAGACCGUUCAGGUCAGCCCUCCCAAGACAGAGGCUGCCCGAAGUAUGUCAUCCCGCAGAUGCACCGCCUGCUGAGUGCGAGACAGGCUGCUAGCUAGUAUAAAAUGCGUUACACGAGAGGGGUAAAUGUCUGCAUAGAAGAGCCGGGAGCGGAAGACGAUUUUGCUGCCCCCUGUGCCUGUGCAUGAGAGUAGGGGGAUGGGGUGGGGUGGGGGCAGCAGAUGAGUGUGCGAAAUGCUGGGACUAUGCAACGAAAUUUCAACCAUAAACUCGCGUUCUCAAGAAUCAUAAACAGAGAACGAUGUUAAGCAAUAUAGCCCAAUAGCAGUUGCACAAGCUCGCUGAGCUCAAGAUCGCCGGUUCGAUCCCGGCCGCGGGCGGUAGCAAUGUGGGGGAGGGUAAAACAUUGCUUCCAGCGCCGUGUGUCGGAGAUUUCCGGCGCACAUGAAAAGAACCCCGGGUGGUCCAAAUUAUCCUCAGUCCCACCCUGGGGGCACGUGCAAUAUGUCGCCACACUGCGCUGACAAACCGUACGUGUAACAUCACGGUAUCGUUAUUAUUAGUUACACAAGAAUCCUUCAGAGAACGCAACUUUCUAUUUCGGAGUGUCGUUUUCCCUUUCUUUCGUUUAUCUCUCUCUAUCCCUCUAUCUCUCUUUCCUUUUUCACGUGGAGAUCUGUACAUACCCCUUAUACGGGGAAAGGGGCAGUGCCCAAUUGUACAUAAAGCCAAUACGGGUAUGUUGAAACAAUGCCUUUUUGUUUUGUUUUUUUUGUUUUUUUGCGGUGUGGAAGCCGCAGAAGCUCAAUCGCGCUACUGGCACCCUUUCUCAGGUUGGGGGAGUUUAUUUAUGAGAAGAGCUGAGCAGGAAACCCCGUGUUUUUAUGCAUUGCGAUACAUAGUAUAUGAGAAUGUCAGAAUGGUAUCCAAAUGUACUGUCCGCAUCUCCUUACAAGCGCGAAGCAAGGACAUCAGUCGGUGCCAAGGAGUUGCGUGUCGUGCGGUGGACAUCUAAUUUCAUGGGACGCAGGACAAGGCGUCCAAAUAAACGAUAAAAAUCUCUUAUUGUAAGCCUAUUUUGUCCACAUACAAAGAAAAUUGUUAAGAUUGUAAAGCAGCUGCUGUGUAGAGGUGCGGAGAAAGACGGGUAUUGCAAAGGACCAAAGGACACUUUCAGGUUCGAUCUCCUCUAAAACGCACGCAUAGAAAAAGGAAGGCAAUAUUAUUUUUCAGAUUAUGGUUCGAUUCCAAAUGUGAUUCUUGUCAAUUGCCAAGGUAUGUUUUAUCGUGUGCCAGAUUUCUCGGUCCAUGUCUGGGAUCCACACGUAAAAUUUCCACCGCUUUGUAACACUGGCCGUGGCCAGAAUAUGCCAGACGCAUUGAAGCAUCGCACAUUGUCGGGAGGUUGAGGUCUGUCCCAGCUAAGGUGCACAUACGGUCCAUGCCAGAGUUGGAACUGCUGGUAUUUGUGUAUUUGUACGUAAAGACGUGAGAUGGUUGAGGUAGAACACUUGCAACUCCAGUCUCAAGAUUUGCAACUUGCACAUGGUCCUCUGUGGCAGCAGUAUCAUUGUGGCAUAAUUCCUUACCCUAAAGGGUUUUUGAAAACGCAGUUGAAUAUAUGUGGGGAAUGGUUUUAUCCGUACAUUUAUAUUACUGAAACAAAGCGCUAAUUCAACCACCCAAGAACUACCUGCGUGCCACUGGCGUAGCCAGAGGCGGGGUAAGGGCGUUCAAACCCCUCUCAAAAUCGUACCUUUGGUAGCGCAUUUGGGAAAUGGGACAGAGGGUCCAACUUAAGAAGGAAAAGAAAUCUAGCCCUUCAGCCAGGGGCGGAUGCCCACCCUCGGUUUUGGGGGCGGUUAUUUUGUCUGAGCGCAUAGUGGGGGAGGGGAGAGAGGGACAUCCAAUGUAUAAACUGACGUUUUCGGGAGCGGGCGGUCCCCCCCACCCCCACCCCCCAUGGAUCCACCACUGCCUUUAGUGUCAGCUCUCAAAAUCAGGGAUCGGAACCGGAACAGAACCUGAACCGAAAGCCGAAAAAAAACACGUUUUCUGUCGAACCCGAACCGAACCCCAAUUCUUUUGGUUGUCCUGAGCCGAACCGGAACUGAACCGAAAAGUUGAUACGGUUACCGGUUCGGGAACCGAUUCAGAGGCGAAAUAUAUAAUUGUAUCACCGACCGACCUUUUUUGUUUGUGUUUGUUUGUUUUUUGUUUGUGACUUUUGUGACGCCAGUUUUUUGCCGGAGCAAAAGAGGGCCCUGACUGGGUUCUGCCAAAAGGCACUCCGCUUCUCGAUUUCAGCAGAAGACCACGAGAGUACAAUACAGUAAAAUAUCAAAUAAAUAAUAAAUGUGGUAA